GUUCAGUUUUUAGCCAGCCGUUGUAAAGAACAAGCGAAACCGUGCUCGAAAUGUCCGGAAUCGUUCGAUCGUCGUUGAUCGUUCUGGCGAUCGCGAGCGUCUCGUGGGCGACGGAUCAGGAUCCCACUUGCGUCCAUCCGAGCGGCUACACGGUUUGCCACCGCAAAGGGGUUUUGGUCGACGUGACUCAGCAGGAGUCCGAGGACCGACUGGAGAUCGACGACCUGGACCUUCUGGCGGUGAAGGAAGGCGCCUUCAAGAACCUGAAAACCCGACGCCUCAGCUUCGGCCUGGGGAACAAGAUCUCCGUGCUGAAGAGGGAGUCGUUCGCCGGAUUGAAGAAGUUGGAGCGGCUGGACAUGGACAGCAACGUGGUGUCCUUGUCGCCGAACUUGUUCGCCGAGCUGACGCAGCUCAAGUCAUUGUCCUUGAUCUUUAACAAGAUCAAUUCCGUUCCCAAGGACUCGUUCGCCGGCCUGGGGAACCUGAUGUGGCUGUACCUCGGCCACAACGACGUCGAAGCGAUCGCCAAAGACUCUCUGUCCGGGCUGACCUCUUCCCUGUACUUCCUCUGGCUGAACGACAACAAAAUCGCCAACAUAGAGCCCGGCAGCUUCGGCCACACGCCCGACUUGCAACGCCUUCAUCUGGAGAACAAUCGACUGACGUCCAUCCAGCCCGGCACUUUCAAGGGCCUCCGUCAGCUCGACGGACUCUUCCUGGAGGAGAACCAGCUGACCAGCGUCUCCGCGAAGGACUUCAAGGGUCUGACCGCUCUCAGGAUUCUCAAGUUACAGAUGAAUCGGAUCGCCAGCAUCGAAGCCGGCGCUUUCGCCGAUCUGGGACAGCUGGAGGAGCUGGACCUCAGAAAGAAUCAAUUGACUCGCGUCGAGGCUGGCUGGCUCGCCGGAUUGACCCAGCUGAAGAAGAUCGAUCUGUCCAACAACAGGAUCGGUCAGGUGGACCCUGACGCGUUCUUGGGACUCCCGGCGCUCAAGAAUAUCAAUCUUGAUAACAAUAACAUGACCGAUACGAACACCAGACGGUAUCUGCGCAGGCAUUAGGACUUCGUGGGGUUUCGAUAAAAAACGACGCGUAGCUCGAGGUUGCCUACUUUUCGGCUUGCAACCGCCGAAGACAGCGCGUAUCGCGAAGCAAUCUGUGCGCGCACCUUUCCGCUUCGUGUGCUAAAGCGUCUACGCGCGGCUCGAGGUUAAAUUCAAGCAGAAUAUUUUUGACCAAUAAAGUUAAUCCAACAAUUUCCAAAA